AAAAGAUAAAAUUUAAUGACAGGAUAUGUUUUGACAACUUAAAACAAAAUUAUUAAAAUUUGAUAUCAAAAUUGUCAAACAGUUGUCAGACAAAUCGACAAAUAAAAAUGUCUUGCGAAAUUGUAGAAAUUAUAGGCACUGGUGACUACGAAACUUACGAAAAAAUCAGCAAAAACCAAUCAAAUUUUGCGACAGUUUUAGCUUCAGAGCUGGUUUCAGAUAUCAUCGAUAAUGCCCUGGAUAUAGUAGAGGACAAAGAUCGUCAAAAAAUGAAUACUUCUGGUGACAUAUUUGAAAAUUUAUCUAACAAAUUUCAGGGACUAGUCAUAACAGAGGAACAAAGAUACAUGGAAGGGGUUCCCGCAGCAUCAUCUAAAAUACUACUUGAAGGAAUUGGAGAUCAGUUGCAGCGUGAGCAAGAAAUAGAGAAAGAGGCCGUGAUUAAGCAUCCUCCCGUCGAAAAGAAGAAUCGACUUAGCGAUCUUGUUAAAAACUCAAAGCAGUUAUUAACAAAAAUUAUGCAUGCUGAAAGCAAGGCAGAACUGAGUGACGCAAAGUCUGAAAAGGUGGUCAAAGUUGUGGAUCUUGAUGCAGUGGAGGUUCCGUAUAAGGUUAAGAAGAUCCUUAAACCUGAAGACGUACUGUUACCAGGAAAGUAUUUUUAUACAUUUUUAUUUUGA